CGGACUGAGAUGUUCGGACUGUUCGAGUAUAAACAGAAAAGCUGCUCCGCUCAAAAUCACAUUUUAUUUUAACAUGUUUACAUCCGAUUAAGUUUAUUAUUAUUAUUUUAUUAUUAUUAUUUUAUUAUAAUUGUUAUUAAUUAUUAUUAUUAUUAUCGCGGGUCUGAUGAAUAUGAGAAUCUGAUCUGGACGCUUUUUGGUGUCGGUUGAUUCUUCUGCGCAGCCGCGUGUUUUGGUGUUUUGGGUUGGACGUCACUUAUCGGGACUCUUUGAUCUAAUCGUUUGAUCUGAAGCUUUGAAGAUGUUUGAUAGACGCGGGAUUCCCUACAUCAUGCUGGAUAUCGCCUGUCUGAUCCUUGCGGGUCUUCCUGUGACGGCGUAUAACCUGGGUAAGGUCCGGCCCUAUCAGAGGGGCUUUUUCUGUAAGGACGAGAGCAUCGCGUACCCCUUUCACUCGGGCACCAUCACCUCCACUGUGCUCUACACGGUGGGCUUCACACUGCCCAUCUGCAGCAUGAUCGUUGGCGAGUGUCUGUCGGUUCAUUUCGAUCGCAUCAGAUCGAAGUCCUCUUUCAGCAACAGCUACGUGGCCUGCGUCUACAAGGCGGUGGGCACCUUCCUGUUCGGCGUGGCCAUGAGCCAGUCCCUCACCGACAUCGCCAAGUACUCCAUCGGCCGGCUGCGACCUCACUUCCUGGACGUCUGUAAGCCCGACUGGAAGCUGAUCAACUGCUCGGGCGGAGCUUACAUCGAGAACUUCACCUGCACCGGAGACAUGAAGAAGGUCAACGAGGCCAGGCUGUCGUUCUACUCUGGACACUCCUCCUUCUCCAUGUACUGCAUGCUCUUCCUGGCACUUUACCUGCAGGCUAGAAUGCGGGACGAAUGGGCUCGACUGCUGCGACCCACCCUCCAGUUCUUCCUGAUCGCCGCGUCCGUGUACACCGGCCUGUCCCGAGUGUCCGAUUAUAAACACCACUGGAGCGACGUUCUCACCGGCCUCAUCCAGGGAGCCGUCAUGGCCUUACUGGUGGUCUUCUUCGUGUCCGACUUCUUUAAGAAGCAGCCGGCGGUGCAGAAGGAAGUGGAGAUGACGCAUUCCAACCUGCAGGAGACGCCGACUAACGGGAACCACUACGAGAUCACCAGCUAAAGCCUUAACCCACGCCGCCCGUCCCGCCGCGCUUUCUGAGGCGCCGGUGUGCGACAACGAAGGACCACUGGGGUGAAAAACCUGUGAAUGUAACUCCCCGCUUUGCCCUGCUCUGCCCAGACUCCGUUUCCCAUGAUGCCUUGAGGGCUGCUAAUGCUGCUAUCUGCCUGCCACUGCUUUUCUCGUUCGGGCCGCAGCGAUUGUAUGUAUGGAGGGAAAAAAACCAUAUAGAAAAGUAAACGUCACUAUACAUAUUUUUAAUUAAAAGUUAAAACAGUAUGUACAAACAGAAAGAAUCCGUGCUUAAUGAAGACAAAAGAAAUGAAGCCAUUAUUGUCGUGAACGUUAAUAAAUCAUGUUCUCUCA